AUGGCUCCGACUCUUGCUGAACAAGUUGCUGUAGAGCAGCUGGAAAAGGGAGAAUAUGUCUCCAAGACGCUGCCCAUCAGAAUGGGCAACUCCAUGCCCAUCGCUUACGGAGGAUGCACUGCAGGUGUUGCCGUGAGCGCCGCCUGCGCAACUGCACCUCCAACCAUGGCGUUGUAUUCUGUGCUGGGACAUUUUCUCGGCCCCGCUUCAACCGAUAGAAAGUUGCAUUGCAGCGUUACACACACCAGAGACACCAGGUCUUUCGCUACACGACGCGUUCAGGUCAAGCAACAGCAACCAGAUGGCAAGUUUCGCGUCUGCCUGGAACUCAUCGCCGACUUCCACGUGAUAGAGCCAUCGACUCUCACCUAUACGGAACCACCAAACCCCAAUUGGCCCAAGCCCGGGAGCGACAAGUGCGAAAACAUGGCUGAACACAUCAACAAGUUAAUCGCCGACGGAACUGUUGAAAAGGAACAAGCCGACGCGUUCCUAGAGUCAUUUUCAGCUUUCGACACCUUUUUCGAUGCCCAAUACUGUCUUGAAGGUGUAGCCGGUCAAAACAUGGGCGGAGCCAUCAAGGACAAGGUCACAACUCAAGAUGAUCGUCACGUCACCGACAAGACAUCGGCAGAAUGGCAACGCGCCAGAGACCCCCUCGCAACACAUGCCGACAACAUGGCCGCACUCUCCUUCCUCAUGGACGGUGGGCUAUCAUUCCUCCCGCUGAGCCAUAACCACCUCUGGUUCGACGACGUGACGGUCUGUUCUAGUCUGGACUUUGCUCUGCGCAUUUUUGUCCCCGACCUCAAGUUGAACGAUUGGCAUCUUAAGGAGCGGAGGACUUAUAGAGCUGGAAAUGGGAGGACCUUUGCUGAGGGAAAACUUUGGGAUGAGCAUGGAAACUUGGUGGCGUCUGAGAGCCAGCAGUCUAUUCUACGGCUCCAGAAGGGAGUUGAGCCAAAGCUCUGA